AUGGCGAGGCGGGCGGGAGGCGCAGUGGCGGAUGAGCUGGCCAACGCCGCCGCCCGUGGGGACCUGCAGCGCCUCAGGGAGCUGCUGGACGGAGCGGCCGACCCCAACGCCGCCAACUCCUACGGCAGGACCCCCAUCCAGGUGAUGAUGCUGGGCAGCCCGCGGGUGGCCGAGCUGCUGCUGCGACACGGAGCCGACCCCAACCGCCCCGACCCGCGCACCGGCUGCCUCCCGGCGCACGAUGCGGCCCGCUCCGGCUUUCUGGAGACGCUAGCGGCGCUGCACCGGGCCGGGGCGCGCCUCGACCUCCCCGACGGCCGCGGCCGCCUGCCCCUCGACGUGGAGGCGGGGGGCCCGCACGGAGCGGUGGAGCGGUACCUGCGCGACCCUCCGCCCUGUGCCUAACCUCACCCCGGACCAUUCCCUCCCCAUACUUAUUGCCCGCUCCCAAGUCGGGAGACACCAAGUGGAACAGUACUCAUGCGAUGUUGUGAAUAACCCCGGAUGGCGUUUCCCUGCUGCAUGCACGAAGGACAAUAUUUUUUGCUCAUGACCGUAUAUUAUCCUACACUGGAAAUGCUAUGGCCCUCUGCAGGCCCCCUUUUUCACACAAGAGUCCAAAUACUGAAGAGAAAUAUGAAGUAGGAAGUAUGAAAUAUGAAAUAAGAAAAUACUAAAUGUGAAAAUAUUAAAUAGCAAAUAUUGAAUAUUAAAUAUGAAGGAAAAUCCCUGUACAGAGAUAUGGUACUAUAAACCCUCCCUCUGCUUUGAUGGGGCCGCGUCUGGAUUUUGUGCUCCCCAGUGGCUCCCCACUCACACUUCCUAGUCCUCCAUCUGAAGAAGAUGGGAGAUGUUUCAGGGUCUCCCUGUCCCAACGGCUCCCUGUUUGAUUUUGGUUAAAGCAAUCUGAAGGGGUGCUGAAGCCAAUCUGCCUUUCUCUGGCAAAACCCGCUGGACAGCAGGAUCAGUGCUUCCUGGUGUGAUUGCAGCUUUGGUAAAUACCUUAUUAAAAUCACGUAGGAUGCUGUGCAUGUCUGUACAUGUAUUCCCAGCACAUCCGUAGCUUUCCUUGUGUAGGCUGCAACUAAAA